CUCGCCUUCAAUCACCCGCACCCCGGUUUAUACUCGAGCGAUACCUGCGCCAGCGAUAUAUUAUUUGCCUACCAGUCGCUCUCGAACAGACCACCUUAGAUCAUCAUGUCCCGCGAAGCGUAUCAGGUCCCCUCUCUCGGCGCCCAGAAUGCCUUUGGCACCGAGGGUAUGGCCGCUGGCUCGAUGGAUGGGCCUGUCGUCGCCUAUCUGUGCGGCGAAUGCAAUGCGCGCGUCUCCCUGAAGAGAGGCGAUCAGAUCCGCUGCAAGGAUUGCGGUCACCGUGUGCUCUACAAGGAGAGAACGAAGAGAAUGGUCCAGUUCGAGGCUCGUUAAAAGAAUCCGCACGACGAAGUGUUUCCGAACAAAAAUUUGCAGGGCCUCCGCCCGUCUCGUCCUUUUUACGACAGUGAUGUGCAUUUUGUGGCGCUUUGGAGUUGGUUAUUUUAAAGUUGAGAACUGCGAGCAUGCCUGAUGUUCUGCAAAGGUAGCGCUGAGGACAACAUCCCUAUAAUAUGUUCACAAAUAUCUUCAGUCCGACCUGAUUCAAUGCUAAAAUAUACCCCGUUCUGACGGUGUUG